UGGUAUCCCAGAAACCUUUUUGCAACUGCGAGCCCGGCGCGCGCAUGUCUCGCUCUUUCCUAUAAAAUUGAGAAGUUUGCAUUAAAUAAUGGCUUUAGCUGUAAAUUCGAAGCAAACAGCCGUAAACGGUGACGUAUCGUCUGGGACACAUCCGUGCAAAAAAUCUAAAAUGGAAAAUAAAGUUGCCGUUGUUUUGGGUGCUCAAUGGGGUGACGAGGGAAAAGGAAAAGUUGUGGAUUUAUUGGCUGUAAACUGUGACAUCGUGUGCCGUUGUCAGGGUGGUAACAACGCUGGUCACACAGUCGUCGUCGACGGCAAAGAGUUUGAUUUCCACUUGCUACCGAGCGGUAUUAUAAAUCAGAAAUGCAUAUCUGUUAUCGGCAAUGGCGUGGUCAUACAUCUCCCGGGUCUCUUCGAGGAGUUGAAAAAGAACGAGCUGAAAGGCAUGAAAGGAUGGCAAGACAGACUCAUCAUUUCAGACAGAGCACAUCUGGUCUUCGAUAUGCAUCAACAGGUGGACGGUCUCCAAGAGGCAGAAAAGGGGAAGAACUCGCUAGGCACCACAAAGAAGGGUAUCGGCCCGACCUACUCAUCCAAAGCCACGCGCAAUGGACUCCGGAUUGGAGACCUGCUGGGUGACUUCGCUAUGUUUGAAGAAAAGUUCCGAACUCUAGCAGCGAACUACAAGCGCAUGUUCCCGUCUCUAGAGGUGGACAUUGAAGCUGAACUGAACCGUUACCAAGAGUACGCCACCAUGAUACGACCCAUGGUGCGAGACACGGUGUCGUAUCUACACAAAGCCAUUAAAGAGGGCAAGAAAGUGCUCGUAGAAGGCGCUAAUGCUGCCCUUUUGGAUAUCGAUUUUGGCACCUACCCCUACGUGACGUCAUCGAACUGCAGCAUAGGCGGCGUGUGCACGGGGCUGGGCUUGCCGCCGCUGGUCAUCGGCGAAGUGCUGGGCGUUGUCAAGGCGUAUACAACGCGCGUGGGGGACGGACCUUUCCCUACUGAGUUGCAUGAUGAGACAGGGCGACUGCUCCAGGAGCGCGGGCACGAGGUGGGCGUCACCACCAAGCGCGUGCGGCGCUGCGGCUGGCUCGACCUCGUCGUGCUGCGCUACACCGCCAUGGUCAACGGAUACACCUCGUUAUGUCUGACAAAGAUGGAUAUCCUCGACACGUUGCCGGAGAUCAAAGUCGGCAUCGCGUACAAGUUGAACGGCAAGAAGAUCGAAUACUUCCCCUCGUCGAUGGCCGAACUCAGCAGUGUUGAAGUGGAAUACAAGACGUUGCCGGGCUGGGCGUGCAGUAUAGAGGACGUGCGGCAGCUCGACAAGCUGCCCGAGCCCGCCAGGAACUAUGUCAAGUACAUCGAAGAGUUCCUGCAAAUACCUGUAAAGUACAUCGGCGUCGGCCAGGGUCGGGAGUCCAUCAUCAGCACAGACGCUUAACGUCGAAGCGUCCGCCACUUAGUGUCACUUUCUAUGUAAUGUUGUUCUUAAGUAAGGUAUGGGCUGCGAGAUACCUCUUUUGCGCUCAAUAUAGUACUUAAUGAGAAAGGCACGGUAUGGGAAAAGAAACCACCUUGGUUAAAAAAACCACUUAUUAUACGGGAAUAGAAUAUGAUUGGUGUAUUAAUACAUCUGCUUAGCUAUAAUAGAUUUUUAUGAUACAGUUUCUUGACUUAAUUUCGUCAAAAAUGUGUACAAUGGCAGAAUACUUAUGCAUGAAGGCUUCUACUUAUAAGAGAAAUGAUGAGAAAAAGAACAGUAUUUGAAAUUGGAAACAGCUCAAUGGUAUAACGUUAAGUUGACUCUAAACACGCGAUUAUCAUAAGAGUACACGAUAAAGCAAAUAUGUAAUAUGUAUUUCUAACUGACGUGACGAUUCAGUACUUAAAAAUAAUGUAAAAGUUCAAGAUAAACUCUAAACUGUCUAGGAAGCCUUAUCCUUGCCUAACACAGGGAGCCUUAUCCUUUAGUUAAAGCAGAUUGAAAAGCUUUAUUCUUGAAUUUAUAUUUAAAAAAACCGUAGACAAAAGUUAAGACGAAGGAGUUUUUAAUGUUGUGUUUAAGGAGUUUUUAAACCUGAGCGCAAAAGAGGUACUACUAAUUCUCAAAACGCAGUUCUCCGCUGGCUUAUAUACCUAACCGUUGUUAUAUAAUAUGCAAUACAUUUUUUUAUAGUUCAGCCAACAGACACGUUUUUUUAUAAGUUCAGGGCUUAUUAUCAAUUGCCUGUUUCUCGGAAUUGAGUCUAUAUGUAAUGUUAUGACAAUAUACACCAUAAUGUGUUAAAAGACAAGCCUUAUGCCUUAAAAUGAAUGUUUUUCUUAAGCUAUAUGUGAAAUAGUAUCCUUUGUAACACGACGCAAUAAAUAACAAAUGAAAUCAUUAUAUUUAUUUUAAAAGGAGGCUUAAUACGAACUCGUAAUUAUCAUUUCAAAAUGAGUAUUUGCUUACUUCAAAGAAAAAUCUCGCCUAAAUACAUUCUUAAAGCUAAUUUUGAGAUCGUGUUAAACCUUCGACAUAUUUAUGCCUCCAUGUACUUACAGUUUCAGCUACAAUCCAGUACUUAUGAACACUUAACUUACUAUUAUUUUUUAAAUAUGGUCACCCAACUGGUUGACUAUCUUGUCUUUGGUGCAACUUAUGAGAAAUGUCUCAUCUCGAAUACAUGAGUCCCUUUUAUUAUAUUGUAGUUGGAACGUAAAAAUAUAUAUACACUAUAAUAAUUAUGUAUACAUAAAAGCUUGCUUCACUAGUCAAUAAACAGUGACCGAAUGGUGCCGGUUUUAUACAAAAGUAAUAAUAUUAAUACAGUAUUGUUCAUUGAAAUAGCAUUGGCUAAGUGUUAGCUAACUAAUCUUGCCUGUUUAUUAGACAAUUUUAUAAACGUGUAGGUGGAAUUAUUACAUUGGUAUCGUAUCAGAAUAUUGAGUAUUUAGAAUUUAUAUAAAUGUCUUUAUUGGGAAGUGUAGCUUGAAGUGUAUUUGGUAGAUUUCGUAUUUAAGUUCACUAGAUGUUCUAACGAGUUGUUGCUGUUAAUUCAUUUAGGCCCAAGUUUACUGGCAACAUAAACGUCAGUUUUCUUAUGUACUACUUUACUAUUAUUUUCACGUACAAUUUUGAAAUUUAAUAGUAUUUCUAAGAAAUACGGACGUUCACGUUGUCCGUGAACGUGGCCUUGGUGAUCUUAAAUACGAUAUCCUACCUACUUAGUGAAAUAAUUUAGCUAAUUAUUAAAAUAACGUAUCAUCAUAAAGUUUAUAGAAUAUAUAUUUCACAGCGGAUUUAGUACAAAUAACUGUUGGUGGUAUUUAUUGGCGGCAUUGCCAAGUUUCCUUUCGCAGCAAUAAUAGUGGUAAUUAAUGUAUAAACAAUCAGUUGUGGUGCAGCGGACACCGUGAUGGCGGAGUUAUAUACUUGUAAAGUAUUAUUUUAAAGACACCAAGGCUUAAUUAUUCCUAAAGUUAAUAUUUAGUUCACUCGUUCUAAGGUGUAACACGCGAUCCAGGGUUACAACACACGUUAGCGUAUUGCUAAACUAACGACUUAGAUGAAGCACGAAAUCAAUAAAACCCUGGAAUCAACACAUUUUUUUUCUAAUUUUAAUUUUUAUUCUUCAUCAAAUUGACAGUGUCGGUUUUUGCACAAAAAAAAUAGCAGUACUAUGAAUAAAGACCUUUUUAGUGUUAAUAAUUUUAACGUUUGUUUGAAAUCAAUUCUUUUUACUAACUUUUUCAUUUAGGGCUAUUAUUUCAGCGUUCAAUGUAAUCGUGAAUCGUCGACACAAUUUAGACAUUAUUUUAAAAUAAUAUUUAAUAAAAUUUUACAAAGGCCCAUUCCAAAGAUCUUUUCAAAUAAAAUAUUGUAUGUACUUAUUUAACGAAUCAUCGUUUUGCUUCUACAUUCUGUGAGUCGUGUUUUUUAUGUGAUAUAAUUGUGUAUAAUUAAUACGAGUAUUCACAUUAAUAUAAUAUGGAUUUAAAAAUGUUAUAUCAAUGUUAGUAUUCAACUACAGUUAAUAUGCCAAUAAAACGGUUUAUUCUUUUA